GGAGUCAUCUAUCUGGUUGCGCUAAUAGCUCUGCCUCCGGGGCAGGGACUUAGCCAACCCCUUGCCCGGCCUCAGGAGGGGGGACAGCCAGAGGCUGCGGCGGCGCCUGGAGAAGCCGCGGCGCGGCGGUCACUGCCACCCGCAGCCUCCGGGCGCUCACAGCAGAAGACAGCUCAGGCGCCAGGCGAGCCCUGCCCAGGUCCCCCGGCGCCGCCGCGGGGAGGAGAAGGGAAGGAGCCAUGUUCGCAGACUGCCCACGCUUCUGGGUCCUGGUGGUCCUGGGCACCAGCUGGGCAGGCUGGGGGAGCCAAGAGACCCAAGCAGCGCAGCUAAGGCAGUUCUACGUGGCUGCUCAGGUCAUCAGUUGGAACUACUGCCCUCAGCCCACAGACCCAAGCUUGAAUACUUCUGAAACUUUCUUUAAGAAAAUUGUCUACAGAGAGUAUGAAGCAUAUUUUAAGAAAGAAAAACCACGAUCUAGCAUUUCAGGACUUCUUGGGCCUACUUUGUAUGCUGAAGUUGGAGACACCAUGAAAGUUCACUUUAAGAAUAAGGCAGACAAGCCUUUAAGCAUCUAUCCUCAAGGAAUUAAGUACAGUAAAUUCUCAGAAGGUGCUUCUUACCCUGACCACACAUUCCCUGUGGAGAAGAUUGACGAUGCUAUAGCUCCAGGUCAAGAAUACACCUAUGUGUGGAAUAUCAUGGAGGACAGCGGACCCACACAAGAUGACCCUCCGUGUCUCACACACAUCUAUUACUCCUAUGAAAAUCUGAUACAGGACUUCAACUCUGGGCUGGUUGGACCUCUGCUUAUCUGUAAGAAAGGCACGCUAACUGAGGAUGGGACUCAGAAGAUGUUUGACAAGCAACAUGUGCUGAUGUUUGCUGUGUUUGAUGAAAGCAAGAGCUGGAUCCAGUCAUCGUCUCUAAUGUACACAGUCAAUGGUUAUGUGAAUGGGACACUGCCAGAUAUAACAGUCUGUGCCUAUGACCACAUCAGCUGGCAUCUGAUUGGAAUGAGCUCUGGACCAGAAUUGUUCUCCAUUCAUUUCAGUGGACAGGUCCUGGAGCAGAACCAUCAUAAGAUCUCAGCCAUCAUCCUCACCAGCGCCAUGUCCACUACUGCAAACAUGACCGUGAGCCCACAGGGAAGAUGGGCCAUAUCGUCUCUCAUCCCAAAACAUUUUCAAGCUGGGAUGCACGCUUACAUCAACAUUGAAAACUGCCCAAAGAAAACCAGGAGUCCUAAGAAACUAACACGUGACCAGAGGCGGCACAUUAAGAGAUGGGAAUACUUUGUUGCUGCAGAGGAAGUCAUUUGGGACUAUGCACCUAUAAUACCAGCGAAUAUGGACAAAAAAUACAGAUCUCUACAUUUAGAUAAUUUCUCAAACCAAAUUGGAAAGCUUUAUAAAAAGGUGGUCUACAAACAGUAUCAAGAUGAGUCCUUCACCAAACGCAUGGAGAAUCCUAAUGCCCAAGAAGAUGGGAUUUUGGGCCCUAUUAUCAGAGCCCAAGUCAGAGACACACUCAAAAUUGUGUUCAAAAAUAUGGCCAGCCGCCCUUACAGCAUUUACCCUCAUGGAGUAACCUUCUCUCCUUAUGAAGAUGAAGUCAACUCUUCCUCCAUCUCAGGUGGUACCUUCAUGAUCAGACCAGUCCAACCAGGAGAAACCUAUACUUAUAAAUGGAACAUCCUAGAGUCUGACGAACCCACAGAAAACGAUGCCCAGUGCUUAACGAGGCCAUACUACAGUGAUGUGGACAUCACAAGGGACAUUGCCUCUGGGCUAAUAGGGCUACUUCUGAUUUGUAAGAGCAGAUCCCUCGACAAGCGAGGCAUACAGAGGGCAGCAGACAUUGAGCAACAGGCUGUGUUUGCUGUGUUCGAUGAGAACAAGAGUUGGUACAUUGAGGACAACAUCAACAAGUUUUGUGAAAAUCCUAAUAAAGUGAAGCGUGACGACCCCAAGUUUUAUGAAUCAAACAUCAUGAGCACUAUCAAUGGCUAUGUGCCUGAGAGUAUACGCGCACUAGGAUUCUGUUUUGAUGACACUGUCCAGUGGCACUUCUGCAGUGUGGGUACACAGGAUGACGUUUUGAUUAUUCAUUUUACUGGGCACUCAUUCAUCUAUGGAAAGAGGCACGAGGACACCCUGGUCCUCUUCCCCAUGCGUGGAGAAUCUGUGACCGUCACAAUGGAUAAUGUCGGAACUUGGAUGUUAACUACCAUGAGUUCCAGUCCACGAAGCGAAAAGUUAAGGCUGAGAUUCAGGGAUGUUAAAUGUAUCCGGCAUGAUUAUGAAGACUCAUAUGAGAUUAUAUAUGGACCUUCAGCAUCUACAGCCAUGGACACUCGGAAAAUGCGUGAUUUUUCAGAAAAUAAAAGUGAAGAGGAUGCUACAGAAUACGAUUACCAGUAUUCACUGGCUUCAUCAUUAGGAAUUAGGUCAUUCAGAAAUUUAUCACUGAAUCAGGAGGAAAAUGAGUUCAAUCUUACUACCCUAGCUCUGGAGAGCAGCUCUGAAUUCAUUGCCCCAAGUGCAGAUACAGCUGUUGGUUCAAAUUCUUCUUACCCAAGUAACAUUAGCUGGCUCAGGGACAAUGAUCUCUCCAAACCUCAGAAAACCCUUCCUCACCCAGGAGCCACAACUGCUGGUUCCCUCCUGGGGCACGCCACUGGCUUAGACAAGAGCUCAGCUCUCAACCCUUCUACAGGAGAGCAUUCCAGCCUUUAUUCUGAAGAAGAUCCUCUGCAGUCAGAUGUUACAGGGAUAAGCUUACUUCCUAUUGGUGCAGAAGGAUUCAGAAGUCAAAAACAUGCUAAAUAUAAGGGAUCAAAGGCAGAAAGAGACCGAGCGGCAAAGCUCAGGGUUUCCUGGAAAGAAAUACCAGCACAUAAAACUGGGAGACAUUUAAGACAAGACAAUAUUUCUACUUCCAGAAUGGGGCCCUGGGAGGACCUUUCUAGCAAUCUGUUACUCUUAAAACAGAAGAAUCCAUCUAAGAUUUUAAAUGGGAAAUGGCAUUUGGUUUCUGAGAAAGGUAGCUACGAAGUAAUCCAAGAAACUGAUGAAGAUAUGACAGUUAAUAAGCUGCUGAACAGCCCCCAGAAUGGCUCAAGGCCUUGGAGAGAUAGCACCCCCCUUACAAACAAGCACGUAAAGCAGAGUGGACAUCCAAGGUUUUCUGGAGUUAGACGUAAGUCUCUACAAGUAAGACAGGAUGGAGAAAAUCCUGGAUUGAAAAAAACCUCUUUUUACAUUAAGACACGAAAAAAGAAAAAGGAAGAGAAGCUUACACACUAUGUUCCUAUGUCUCCCAGGGGCCUUCAUCCCCUAAGAGGAGAGGCCUACACCACAUUUUCAGACAGAAAACUUGAUGAUUCAUUGUUACGCCACAAGUCCAACGAAACAUCUCUUCUCACAGACCUCAACCAGACAUUGCCCUCUAUGAAUCCUGGCCCGAUAGCUGCACUUCCUGACCAUGAUCAGAGCCCCCAAAACAAUAACACUGGUCAGACAAGCUCCCCUCCAGAUAUUUAUCAUACAGUGCCCCCAGAGGAACGCUCUUAUAUUCAAGACCCUGAUCAAAUGCACUCUACUAUAGUUUCCAAUCACAGACUCUUUCCUCCAGAGCUUGACCAGAUGCUCAACUAUGACCUAAGUCACGAGUCAUCCCCUACUGACAGUGGUCAAAUAUUUCCUUCCUUGGAACUUGAAGUCAGGCAGACAACCACCUCUCCAGACCUCAAUCAACCAUCCUUCUCCCUAGAUGACCUUUCUUCAGAACUCAGUCAGACAACAGUCUCUCCUGACCUCAGCCAGCCAACUCUCUCCCCAGAUGACUUCUCUUCAGAACUCAGUCAGACAAUCUCCCCAGAUGACUUCUCUUCAGAACUCAGUCAGACAAUCCUCUCUCCAGACUUCAGCCAGAUAACCCUUUCUCCAGAAUUCAGUGAGACCAACCUUCCCUCAGACCUCAGCCAGGCAACCCUCUCUUCAGAAGUCAGUCAGAUGACCCUUUCUCCAGACCUCAGGCAGACAUUGCCUCCUCCAGACCUUAAUCAGACAUCCUACCCUUCUGAAUCUAAUCAGUCACUUCCUCUUCCAGAAUUUGGUCAGACUUUCCCUUAUUCAGACCUUGGUCAGAUACCAUCUCCUCCACCAAUUCCUACGCUCAAUGACUCUUUAAUACCAACACAAUUUAAUCCACCAGUUGUAGUGGGCCUCUCUGAAGACGAUGGCGAUUACAUUGAGAUUAUUCCAAGGCAGGAGUUCCAGAGCAGUGAAGAAGACUCUGUUGAAAUUGAUUAUGUGCCUUAUAAUGAUCCCUACCAAACUGACAUUAGGACAGACAUCAACUCCUCCAGAAAUCCUGACAACAUUGCAGCAUGGUACCUCCGCAGCAACAAUGGAAACAGAAAAAAUUAUUACAUUGCUGCUGAAGAAAUAUCCUGGGAUUAUUCAAAAUUUGCACAAAGUGAAAUGGAUAAUGAAGAUACUGAUGAUGCUCCCAAGAACACCAUAUACAAGAAAGUCGUUUUUCGAAAGUACCUUGACAGCACUUUUACCAAACAUGAUCCUCGUGGGGAGUAUGAAGAGCAUCUUGGGAUGCUUGGCCCUGUUAUCAGAGCUGAAGUGGAUGAUGUUAUCCAAGUUCGCUUUAAAAAUUUAGCAUCCAGACCAUAUUCUCUUCAUGCUCAUGGACUUUCCUAUGAAAAAUCAUCAGAGGGAAAGACUUAUGAUGAUGACUCACCCGAAUGGUUUAAGGAAGAUAAUGCUGUUCAGCCAAACAACACUUAUACGUAUGUAUGGCACGCCACUGAGCGAUCCGGGCCAGAAAAUCCUGGCUCAGCCUGCCGGGCAUGGGCCUACUAUUCGGCAGUGAACCCGGAAAAGGAUAUCCAUUCAGGUUUGAUUGGUCCCCUGCUGAUCUGUCGAAAAGGAACACUUCACAAGGAGAGCAACAUGCCUGUGGACAUGAGAGAAUUUGUCUUGCUUUUUAUGGUCUUCGAUGAAAAGAAGAGCUGGUACUAUGAAAAGAAGCCCAAAAGGCCUUGGACACUUGCAUCUUCAGAAGUAAAACACUCCCAUGAGUUUCAUGCCAUUAAUGGGAUGAUCUACAGCCUGCCAGGCCUGAUGAUGUACGAGCAAGAGUGGGUGAGGUGGCACCUGCUGAACAUGGGCAGCUCCCGAGACAUUCACGUGGUCCACUUUCAUGGCCAGACCUUGCUGGAAAAUGGCACCCAACAGCACCAGUUAGGGGUCUGGCCGCUUCUGCCUGGUUCAUUUAAAACUCUGGAAAUGAAGGCAUCAAAACCUGGCUGGUGGCUCCUAGACACAGAGGUUGGGGAAAACCAACGAGCAGGGAUGCAGACACCAUUUCUCAUCAUAGACAGAGAAUGUAAGAUGCCAAUGGGACUAAGCACUGGCAUCAUAUCUGAUUCACAAAUCAAGGCUUCUGAGUAUCUAGGUUAUUGGGAGCCCAAAUUAGCAAGAUUAAACAAUGAUGGAUCGUAUAAUGCUUGGAGCAUAGAAAAACUUUCAAGUGAAUUUGGCUCUAACUCCUGGAUCCAGGUGGACAUGCAAAGGGAAGUCAUACUGACAGGGGUCCAGACCCAAGGUGCUAAACACUACCUAAAGUCCUACUAUACUACCGAGUUCUAUGUGGCUUACAGUUCCGACCAUACAAACUGGCAGAUCUUCAAAGGGAACAGCACAAGGAACCUGAUGUAUUUUGAUGGCAAUUCAGAUGCCUCUACAAUAAAAGACAACCAGUUUGACCCACCUAUUGUGGCUAGAUACAUUAGGAUCUCUCCAACCAGAUCCUAUAACAGACCUACCCUUCGAAUGGAGCUCCAAGGUUGUGAGGUUAAUGGAUGCUCCACACCGCUUGGUAUGGAAAGUGGAAAGAUAGAAAACAAGCAAAUCACAGCUUCUUCAUUUAAAAAAUCUUGGUGGGGUGAUUACUGGGAACCCUCCUGUGCCCGGCUCAAUGCCCAGGGCCGUGUGAAUGCCUGGCAAGCCAAGGCAAACAACAACAAACAGUGGCUACAAAUUGAUCUUCUCAAAAUCAAGAAGAUAACUGCGAUUGUGACACAGGGCUGCAAGUUCCUGUCCUCUGAAAUGUAUGUGAAGAGCUAUGCCAUCCACUAUAGCGACCAGGGAGUGGAAUGGAAACCUUACAGGCAGAAAUUCUUCAUGGUGGACAAGAUUUUCGAAGGAAAUAGUAAUAACAAAGGACAUGUGAAGAACUUUUUCAAUCCACCAAUCAUUUCCAGGUUUAUCCGCAUCAUUCCUAAAACAUGGAAUCAAAGUAUUGCACUUCGCAUGGAACUCUUUGGCUGUGAUAUUUACUAGAAUUUGAUAUUUAAAAAGACAGCAGGGACCUUUUAAAGUUGCAAACCAUUUAGAGUUGGCAAUGUAUUUUAUAGCUAUUUUAAGCGUUAACAAUUUUCUAGUAUUUCUCUUUUUUUCUAUUAGGGAAUAAAAUUUUAUAUGGAAACUUUUAUAAUGUAACACCUUGCUACCAUUAAAUGAGAUGAUGGCUGUUA